GAGCUUUUAUGUUUCUGCAGGUGUACUAGUGAGUACUGGCGGAUAAUAAACACAUCUCAAGAAUGGCCGAGGAAUUUUGGUGCAUUAUCUGCUACAAUAUAGCGAGUACAUUAAAAACAAUCCAUGCUUGCAGUAAGUAUACUUGGCUAAAUUAAGAUGCACUGGAACAUAUCUGCCAACAUGUAGACAAGCUCUCAGUAUACAUUAAUGAUGACAAAGGUCUUCUUGAUCUUGCAUGCUCCUCUAAAACACUUGCACCUUUACCCUGCAUGUGAACGGUGUGUACUGUAGUUUCAGCUGCCCAAAGGUAAAUAGGUUAGGAUAGAAAUUUCGCAUCUGGUUUAUAUCCCUGCCUCUCAUAAUAAGAGCAUUAUUAUCCUGAGAGAGUGAACGUGUACUAAGUUCAGUUUGGGAAUGGUCAGCAGAUGCUGGUUGAAAAAAAAAAAAACCUAACAUACUUUGUUAACUUGCUUGGGCUUUUAGAAGUGACAGUGUUUGUUUGGUAUUGGUGAGCAUGCUUUGUGGUCAUUUAGUACAUGGGAACUGUCUUUUAAAAAAUUUCUUGUAUUAUCAACACUCAGGCAUUUAAUUUAUUUGACUGCUGGAGCAGCAAGUACACUUGUAUCUUUGCUGCACUUGUACCAAGUGUACGAUGUGGAACACUUGGGUAUGUAGCUGUGUGUCUGCUUAUUGUGGAUAGUGGAACAUUUUAAAGUAGUAAGCCAUCACUUUGUUGUAAAAAGUUAAAGUGCUGCUUGCAGCAUUUGGAGAAGCUGAUGUAAAAGUGUAACAAUGCCAGAAGUACAGCAUGCCCUUCGCUUAAGUACACUGUGUCCUGCUGUCGCUGUAAGAACAGAAAAGAAACAUAAUAUGGUUGUAGAAGUGAUAGGGAAAUCCUCAGGAAAACACUCGUCCGGAGUGUCCCAGGGCAUGGAGAUAAAAAGCUGCACAAUGUGUGAAAGCCCGGCAUUCGAGGAGGAGAGGCAUAGACAGGAAGUCGCUUCCUGCGGAGGGGCCCGGCAGGCCCAUGCCUUCUUCCUGUUGUAUGACUGGGCCUCGCUGUUAAAACCGUCAGCCACCAGCAAAAACCAUCUUUACAAAUUCGCAAUGGCGAGUAAGGCUGUAUUGCUUGUGAUACUCCUGUUCAAUCUUACAGCAGCACAGACUAGUACAAGCAUGUCUACUAUAGACUUAGCAACUGGUGGUACCACCUUCACUUCAGCAUCACAUGAAGAAGUCAACCUCAAUUGCACUUUCAUCGCUCCCUUACUGGACUGUCGAGGUGAGCAGACGCAUCUCCCACUUUUGCCACUUCUGACUGAGAAGCUAUUGAAAGCGUUACAAAGUGGUAGCCCAGUUGCAACACUUUUUUUGGCCAUUGAAUCACUUGGCUCCCUUGAAAAUGGUUCUGUGGCUUUAGAAAACAUACAGAAGCUGCACAUUGUCAGGAGUGACAUUUCUACAGUGCUGCCAGGUGCAUUUGUGAAAGCAGCAACCCUUCAUGCCCUUGACCUAUCUGAGAACAAGCUGUCAUUAGUGCCGAGCAGUGCACUGAAAGACCUCUCCAACCUGACAUCACUAAAUCUGUCAAACAACCAUAUCACGGAGUUGACUCAAGAAACCUUCAAGAACAUCCACAGUCUCAAGAGUUUGUCGCUUGAGAGAAAUGAAGUCUCAUCAAUCGUUGUGGGCACUUUCUUCCACCUGGAACAUUUAGAAGAUCUCAACUUGUCACAUAACAAGCUGACUGCAUUUGACUCAAGUGCAUUCGGUACAACAGCACUUCAAAUCUUGAAGCUCAGCUUUAACCAUCUCGCAUCAAUUUCUCUGGAGAAUUCCCUUGGAUUCCUCAAGCAUCUUUACCUUGACCACAACCGUCUCACCAGUGCAACAACAAAACUUGAUGUGCCAAGCCUUGCCACAUUAGAUGUCAGCUACAAUGCCUUGGAUAAACCAAAAUUUGACUCACUAGCAUCACUGCUGACCUUAUCAAUAUCUCACAACCCACUGACAAUACUCUCAAGGAGCUGGCUGAAGCCCCUGCACAAACUUGAAACCCUGGAUGCGAGUUGGUGCAAGCUCAGGAGACUGGAUAGCCACUCUUUAUCAGAAAUUGGAAGUCUAAGGCUGCUUAAUGUCAGUGACAAUCAAAUUGGCUCUGUAGACUCAACAGCAUUUGUGGGACUGUACUCGCUUACCACACUCGACUUGUCAAACAAUGCACUUACUUAUAUCAACCAGAACCAUACUGCAGAUCUGGGACAGCUGGAGCACAUUGACUUGUCAGGAAACAGCAUAGAAUACAUUUUCGCUGGAGCCUUUGCCCACAGUCCUCGCUUAAGGAGCAUUAACCUCAAUGGAAAUUUUCUUGACUGUGGCUGUGAACUUCAUGGCUUUGGCAGCUUCCUAAAGCAUGGAAAUUUUUCAGAAGAAACUCUGUCUUCGGCAGUAUGUGAUGACAGCACGCGCAUCAUUGAAUUUGACUUUGAUACACUUGAGUGCCUUAGGGACAGUGUGCAAACUACUGAAGUCCUGCCUUCAACAACUGCUUUGCCUGAAAUCAGCACACCUGCAACCUCAGAACUGAAUGCCACACAACACACUAUAGUGCCAUUUAACGGCCGUCUUACAUUAGUACAUGUGGAACAAGAUAAUGACAAACUCUCUGUUACAUGGAAUGCACAUAGUGCUAGUGAUCACCUUGAUAAACUGCAGUGUAUGCUAACUGUCGUCAUUAUUGGAGAAAAGACACGUACCGAGUUACCUGGUCCCUGUCCUCCCAGCUUGCACAAUAGAACAUUCCACAUCUUUAUCACUAAGCCUGGAGCAAAGUUCGAAGUAUGCUUGCUAGCUUUCAGAAAUACAACAGAAGUGGCUCGCAGUUGUAACAUCCUUAACACAACUGACGUCAAGACGACAACACCAAUGGCAAUGCCUACAAUGGGUUUUGUGAAUACAACACUGCCUUAUGAGGGAACCACAGCUGCUGUCUUUAGUGAAAUGUCAGCGGUAACAACAGAGAUGGAAAUUCAGACACCAGCACAGAGGGCAGAAGACGGAGGGUUCCUGCAUCAUCUCAGAUUUCGCAGUCACCUUUCAGCGCAGCACCAACUCAUCAUUUCGUGGAAUUUUCUGCCUCCUUUUCCCGCCAAGUCAAAGUGCCGUUUCAAUGUAACAGUGCUCUGUAACAAGGAUCCACUGGCACAGACAGAGGCACCCUGCUACACUGCUGGUCAAGUAAUGGUGGCUCGCAUCAGUGAGUACAGCGAUUAUGAUGUCUGCUUCAGCCAGCAGGUUCUCAGCAUCCCUGCGGACUGUCAUGAAAUCAUGCCUUCAAAGCGUGCUGACAACAGUGACAUUGCAGUGGGAGCUGCAGCUACUGGGGGCCAAAGAGAGACUCGCAUACCCGUGGCUCUACUCAUCAUGAUUGCUGCCUUGGCCCUGAUAGCAAUCCUGGCCAUUGCUUUGUUCCUCCACAGAAGACUCGGGAAGCGAGCUAUAGCACGCAGGAAGGUGGGAGAAAGUGUGUUCCAUUUGCAGAUGAAUCGGCGCUCGGGAACCUACAUGGUUCAAGAUGCAACUGAGGCACGAACCACACUUACUACUUCAGCAUCUCAAGAUGGGACGAAGAUGUCACAAAGAGCAUCAUCUAUAGAUGAACUGUAAUGAACCGUAACAAAAUCUGUGCCUGGAACUUAUUGUGCCGGGAUUUUCCGUACAUGGAGGAACAAAAUGUACAUAAACUAGCCUUGUCCACACCAGACUCACUAUGUAAUUAUGUCAUAUAGAAAACUUACAUAGUAGGCAUUGUAAAUAAACCUUUUAUGUUGUAA